AUGGACGCCUACUGCAGGGAGAUCAGGAAUCUCGAAGCCAUGUUUUAUGGUUUGGAGUUCCACCACGUCCCCAGGGACGACAACGUGGCGGCCGAUGUUCUGUCCAAGCUUGGAUCCAAGCAGUCCAUCGUACCACUCGGUGUGUUCGUUCAAGCACUCAACAGCCCUAUGGUCAAGAUGGAAGAGGAGCCUCUUACAAAGCCCGACUUGGUCCCGGCCAUAGGGCAGCAGGUCCUAACCCUCGACACCGACUGGCGCUCCCCAAUCAUCGACUUUAUCAAGAACAACAAAAGCUAUCCAAAGGGAAAGGAGCAUGAGAAGCUUGCCCGUCGUUCAAGCAACUAUCCAUUCGCCUACUGGGGACUCGACUCGGUGGGAUCCCUAAAGACGGCCGUCGGCGGAUACAACCAUAUAUUUGUGUCGAUUGAUAAGUUCACAAAAUGGAUUGAAGUCAAGCCAGUGACAGCCACUACAGCAGCCAAGGCAGCUGAGUUCAUCGAGGAGAUAUCACAUCGAUUCGGGGUACCUAACCGGAUCAUCACAGAUCUGGGUACUUCAUUCACGGGCUCUGAGUUCUGGGACUACUGCCAAGAAAGCUGCAUCGAUGUCUACUACACCUCCGUGGCGCACCCCAGGUACAAUGGCCAAGAUGAAAGUGCCAACGGCUUGAUCCUCCAGGGGCUCAAAGCCAGAAUUUUUGAUCCGAUCGAAAAGUAUGGGGCAAAGUGGCUCCAAGAACUACCCAGAGUAGUUUGGGGACUCCGCACAUAG